CGUUCGAUUGCUUGUACAUACAUUAUAGGUAAACAGAAUGGGAAACGCACGUACACAAACGACUGAACUCAUGUGCCGUCUGACAAAAAAUCUCACAAGCAGUAAAUCAAUAUAAUAUUUCGUAUACUAUAAGCGGUGCAUCAAAAUGGCGCUGGAGACAUGGAAUAGUGUGCUAAGAUCAGGGCUUCUCUUCGUACUCUGCACAUAUACACUUAUUGCUGGUAGUAGGGAUUCCAUUCGCCUCCUUGGGGGAGCUUCGGAUAAAGAGGGAUUCGUGCAGGUCAACGUCAGAGGUGUUUGGAAGGCCAUCUGCAGAACCGAGUGGGACGCACUGGAUGCUCUGGUGGUCUGCAGAGAACUGGGAUUUGCUGAUGGAUAUGUACAGGUUUGGAGAGAAGGCAUUCUAAGCCGGGGUUACCAUGCCAAUAACUCCUUAGUCACAGUCACGCCAACACCAACGCCGCACUACUCUAUCGAGGGAAACGAAUUCGCCUGCAACGGCACGGAAAAUUCGUUGUUAUCCUGCAAAUACAACAGGGCGAGUUCCUAUUGUAUAGGCCAUGCUGGAGUCGCAUGUGGUGUCACCACCAAAGAAUACGGAGCAUUGUUGGCUGAUUCACUGUCCACGCACGGCGGUCGUUAUGUAGACUACACUGUCCCCACAUUUUCGGGGAAAUCGACUGGCCGGGUGUUGUCUCCAGAUUUGAAUAGCUAUCAACCUGUGUAUAAAGCCGACAGAGUUCACGUUACAGGCGGUGUAUGUAACAUGGACAAGAUGGCGGCAAUGUUGAUAUGUGGCGAUCAAGGGUAUCCCAAUGGUGGCAAGGUAAUCCACUUGCCACCAAUACCCAACCUACCUAAGCUGAUUCACACAUUAACUUGUAUUGGAGCUACACGUCUGUGGGAAUGUGACGUGGUAUAUACAGAGGAGGGGUUGUGUCCUGAUGGUGUUCAGUACAAUAGCGUCGAGUGUUACACAAAGUUGCAACCAUCUGUCUUCGGGUCCUUGGCUUUCCUCGGUGUGGCUUCUAUUCUUAUCCUCAUUGCUGGUGCGUUUGGCGUGUCGAGGAUUUUGCGGAAACCAAAAACGUUAUCAGUUCCUCACCCCGAAUCCCAUGAACACUCCUGAUGAAUGAUACGAAGCUGUUUACUCCUACAAACCGAAGUGUUUGUGUCUCAUUUUCAAUAGAGCAAAAAUUGCUAGUGCAAACUCCUGGACAUUACCACUACAGCAGCACUCAGCGAACAACUUUUCCAAAUACAUCGGUUACACCAACGAAACCGACGCAAGACCACAACAGGUAGCACCAAAAACUACAUCGAAUGGCGAAUAAGGUAAGCCUGGAGUUUGUGUGGAGCCGGAUUAGCGUUGUCACUGACGUGUACGACAAUAAUGUAUACUACCCACUGGACUACUGGUUAUCCGGCACAUGUUCGCUAGAGUCAGGUAAUGAGAUGAUAAUAUCACGUUUAGAGAUUACCUUAGUAAUGAAGCAACAGACUCUAUGUUUUGGAAACCGAUUAAAAAUUUUGAGGUUCAAGAUCUUUUAUUCACUUUGAAUCUAAAGAAAACAUGUGGUUACGAUAAUAUUCCAGCUAGAUUGCUAAAAGAUAUGAUUUUUCUUUUUAGUUGCAAGACCAUUGGCUUAUUUUUUAAACCAAUUAUUCGUGCUGGGUCUUGUUCCAGAGGCGAUGAAAGUAGCUAAAGUAACACCUAUUUCUAAAAAGGGGGUGAGAGAAAUACCAAGUAAUUACCGACCAAUCUAAGUGUUGCCUUUGUUGGCAAAGCUAUGUGAGAAAUUAAUAUAUAAGAGGCUACUUGAUUAUCUUGAAAUAAAUAGUGUCUUGUAUAACCACGAAUAUGAUUUUCGUAAACACUACAGUACAAAGUUGUCGUUAAUGAAUUUAAAUAAUGAUGUAAAAUCGUUGGAUAAGGGUAGGAUCACCCUAGACGUAUUCCCAGAUUUUCAGAAAGCUUUUGAUACGAUAGACAGCACAAUACUGGUUAUUAGGGGACUGCUACUUCAGUAGUUUAAAGAUUAUCUUUAUGAAAGAUUUCAGUGUGUUAAUUCUGAUGGACAUGGUUCAUUACUACAUUUAACAUUUAUUUCCUUUCGGGCACAUUCAAAACCAAUAUUCCAGGAGUUAAAAUUAUUGAAUGUGUAUCAACUAUAUAAACUAUAUAUCUAUUUGUGUUUUAUGCAUCAAUUAUUGAAUAAUAGAUUGCCACAGUCCCCUAUUUAGUACGGCUCUUUCGUACAGCACAGAUAUGAGACAAGACAAAGAAAAAAUAUAAAAAAUAAGUAUGCCUAAAGUAAGGACAACGCAAGGUACAUUUUCUGUGUCAUACAGAGGCAUAUGCUUCUGGAAUGAUUUACCUUUGUUCCUACGGGGAAAAAAGCUUAUUUUUUUGUUUUCGUAGUACUCUAACUGCACAAAUGUUAAUAUAAUAACUGUGUUCACCUUUUAACCAAGCUUCUUUCCUUUAUUAGACAUUAAACAUAAACUCUAUAUUUGUAGACAGUUAUCAUAUUUAACUGUAUUAUCUUAUACGGAAUGUCUAUUUAUAUUCGUUUAGGCUUUGUACUAAACAAACACGUAUUAUGUGUAAUAUAUACAUGGCAUAGUAUGUAGCUUAAGUAUAAACAUGUACCUGUAUUCAAUAAGUCAUAUUUAUUUGUAUAUACAUUUAUUUAUCUAUAUAUAUAUAUAUAUGUACACACAUUGUUAUAUGUUAAGAUACUGUACUUUAAAGGUACCAGACAUGAUUAGCAUUUUAUGCUUUUUUAUGGUCCCUAUUAUUCAUUCCAGAUAUUUGUUAAAGAUACUGUAUUUGAACGUUUUGAUAAUAAAACUUCAACUCAAACUCACUGUAUCCGGAAUGGAUUUAACUCCAAAGAAAGUGUUCCGUAUGACAAAAAGGGGGCUUUCACUCUUCUGUAUUAGAUUAGUUGUGCAGUGUCUAAAUUAACAUAAGAAGUAUUAUAUUUUGCCUAUUUUCGUUGUUGCAAGGUUCUUCGAAAUAAAUUUGUUAUUACUUGUAUUUUUUCAUUUUGAAAAUUAUGUAGAUAGAUUUAUGAUGUGCCUAUGAUUCGUCAGAGUUAUCUAUGUAGGUAUUUUGUGUUGUACAUCUAUUUAAUUUAUAGCAAAACUUUAUUACAUAUCUAGUACUAGUUAGAUUGUUAUAAAUCCUGAAUACGGAAGUGAUAGUGAAAAGGAUUUUUUUUUUUUACAUUUUUACAAUUUUUACCAAUAAAUACAUGUAGUUUUUA